GCCCCAGACCCGGAGACGUCCAGCCCUCAUUCGUGCUUCUCUCCCUACGAAACUUGAAAGACGACAAAGCAGGGUUGACUACCUGAGGCUUUUUAAAUAGCCCUCCCAGCAGCCCAGCGUGAAGCGCUCUUCCGCAUUCCUGCCUCGAUUGUCAUUCUUAGUGCACAGACUUUGUUUUCCCAGAAAUGAGCGGUGGCUUGGCUCCAAGUAAGAGCACAGUUUAUGUAUCCAACUUACCCUUCUCCCUGACAAACAAUGAUUUAUACCGGAUAUUUUCCAAGUAUGGCAAAGUUGUGAAGGUUACAAUAAUGAAAGACAAAGAUACUAGGAAGAGUAAAGGUGUUGCAUUUAUUUUAUUUUUGGAUAAAGACUCCGCCUUAAGCUGCACCAGAGCAAUAAAUAACAAACAGUUAUUUGGUAGAGUAAUCAAGGCGAGCAUUGCUAUCGACAAUGGAAGAGCAGCGGAGUUCAUCCGAAGGCGAAACUACUUUGAUAAAUCUAAGUGCUAUGAAUGUGGGGAAAGUGGCCACUUAAGUUAUGCCUGUCCUAAAAACAUGCUUGGAGAGCGUGAGCCACCAAAGAAGAAAGAGAAGAAGAAGAAAAAGAAAGUCCCUGAACCGGAGGAGGAAAUUGAGGAAGUGGAAGUGAGUGAAGAAGAUGGGGAGGACCCGGCUCUGGACAGUCUCAGUCAGGCCAUAGCGUUCCAGCAAGCCAAAAUUGAAGAAGAGCAAAACAAAUGGAGACCCAGCCCAGGGGGCCCCUCAACCUCGGAUGAUUCUAGACGGCCACGGAUAAAGAAAAGUGCAUAUUUCAGUGAUGAAGAAGAACUUAGUGAUUAAAAUUGUAUUUAUUUUGUAAAUAUUCCUCAAAUAAAACCUUAUUGUACCAAAUACAGUUGUGGAUAGACACUUUUUUUUUUUAAUAUUUGAGAAUAAGAACACUUAAAGCCAUAUAGUAUUUACUCUAAUGUAGCUCAAAAGAAGUUUUCCAGUGAUUUUGAAGUGCCAUGUUUCUAGCUUGCCUCAGCACAGUGCAAAUCCUAAAUCUGAAAAUCCAGUGUCUAGAGUGCUCCAGACUUUUAGCACCAGCAUGAUGCCUCAAGUGGAACAGUGAAACUGCUUUACUCACAGCCUUGUUAAAGACUAGAGAGGCGCUUAUGG